UACCACAUGGGACCCGGCUGUCGUUUUGGGUACAGUGUCCUGGACGACGCAGGUUUGGUUGCGUGUGCCUGCGACCCACCUCUCGCACUCGACAGACCAAGAACCGAAAAGGGAGGCGCUCGAGUUCUGUCUCAAUCUGCUCAUGGCGAUUCCCGGGUGACGACACCGGCAUUGGGCGACAGAUUGGCCGGCACGGGGAGCGCUCCAGAUCCGCCGGUCCCCGAAGCGCAGGUGUUGGGGGUGCACCUAGCGCCCGGGCCGCCUGGGCAGCGGCAGAUCUGCAACACGCCAGAUGUGCAAUCAUCGGGUGCGUCCUGCACGACAUUGAGCUCUAGCGGUGGCGGUUGGCCAUCGGCGGACACAGGAACUGGCGCACAUUCGUCCGGCGCGCCCGCGCUCAGCCACGACGCCCCCGGCAGCUCGCUGGGCGCCGCGGCUACAUGCAACGGUGGUUCUGUAUCUCCGGUUCUAGUGAUCUGUCUUGUGCCUUUGUAUCUCUAUUUGAUCCUGAAGGCUGUAUUUGCACUGGUCUAUUUGCUUUCGAUAGGGAUUCGACAGACUUAUGUUCUGGCUCAUUAAUAAAAGCCAUUUGUUUUCUGCAAAUUACGUUUGUAUUUCCAUGGUAGUUUGAGCUCACCAGGCUGUAUGGGAGUGUUACGGGUGGAGCUUUUCAUCCAAUAACUGAACUAGCUGCGAACUGCUAGCCUU